AUGUGCGAUUCUACGUUUACGUUUGGCCAACGCGGCUGCCACUUCUUCCAAUGUCCGUCGAGACGAGAAUAUGCACGUCUUCCUAAAAAGCUGGCAAGACUUCUCAGCUCCUCACAAUUGAAAAAGAUAUAUCAUGUGACCCUUGGUUUCGAGGACAGCUUCCUCUUGACCUGGCGAGAUGCUGGUGGAAGAGACCGUGUUGAGAGCUCUGGACUCCCGCACGAGUUAGUCGACUUCCUGCACGCUGAGAACCGCAACAUUCCCAAUGUACGCUGUACGCUGGGACCAUAUAAUUCGUCUUUCUUCAUCCACGACAAAGCUUCGUACCUCUGGAAGAAUUUGCCAGGAACCCUGCUUGUCGCCUUACAGAACAACAUACAGGAUGGAAGUUGGAUCGAUCGGCCGCGUCUCGUAGCACUGGGUGCCGGAGAUAAUUUCUUGCUGAUAACCGAGAAGAACGCCUCAGUAUGGGACUUGCGGCAUUACAAAUCUGCCGUUGCAUUUCUUGAGAAGAGUGCCAUGUCAGAUGUUCACAGUUUGAUCCUGCAUGCUUAUCGGUACCAAAGCUUCGUCAUGCAGACCAAGAGCGGUAAACUCUUCGAAAACGUGCCGCCACAUCAGAUCGCAAGCAUACAAACCAUGAUAGCACCAGUUUUACAAGACACGAAAGAUUUGCAACGAAGACCUCUCGUACACAGAGAAAGUGACAAGAGGGAGAAUGUGCAGCGAAGGCCCAGCGCUCUCCAACAACGCGCGCAGAUCCGGAGGGAAUGGAGUGAACAUACCCAGGAAUUCACGGCGCAAGCUAAAGGUGUUAAGCUGAGCUUUAGUCUCAAUGUCAGUCUGGGAGGCUUGGCGAGAAUGCUGGGGUGA